AAUUAUAAAUGGUAUCACAACAUAUUUAUAAAUGGAAACAAAUCAUGGAAGUUGAGUGAUUUACACCAUUCUCUACAGAGCGCUCACCGAUCUCUAUACUAGUAUAGAUAACACAUAGAUCAGUAUUUUCACCCCUACAAACUCGUGUAUCAUCUAGAAUUUAGUUUCUCAUUAAUAAAUAUGACUUUGCUCUGUUAUUCAUGAGCUCGAAAUUCGUAAUUACAAUUUUUUAUGACUCCACAUGAAGUUGAGCAUGAAUGAGGAAGUAAGCUGCAUUACAGACACGCCUGUUUUACACACGUCACUCACACACAGAAUCAGGAAACUACUUCAACUCCUCAGUUCAGAGAAACAGAAACUGAAGUGUUGUUGAGCUGUUGUGUGUUUGUGUCUCUCUGUAUUCACGCUGUAAAAUGGCUGAAGCCAGAUUUUCUCAGGAUGAGUUCACGUGUCCAGUGUGUCUGGAUCUCCUGAAGGAUCCAGUGGCCAUUCCCUGCGGACACAAUUACUGUAAGAUCUGUAUUUCUGGCUGCUGGGAUCAGGAGGAUGAGAAGAGAGUCUACAGCUGCCCUCAGUGCAGACAAACCUUCAGUCCAAGACCUGCUUUAGCUAAAAACACCAUGCUAGCUGAAGUGGUGGAGAAACUGAAGAAGACUAAACUUCCUGCGGACUGUUACGCUGGAGCUGGAGACGUGGAGUGUGACGUCUGUACUGGAAGAAAACACAAAGCCGUCAAGUCCUGUCUGGUGUGUCAGGAGUCUUACUGCCAAACUCAUUUUGACCGUCAUGAGGAAUAUCACUCUCGUAAACCACACAAAGUGGUUGAUGCCACUGGACGACUGCAGGACAUGAUCUGCCGCAAACAUGAUAAAGAGCUAGAAAUAUUCUGUAUCACUGAUCAAGAAUUACUCUGUGUGUGGUGUAAGGAGUAUGAACAUAAAAACCACAACACUGAAUCAACUGCAGCGCAGAGGACAGAGAAACAGAAACAGCUGAAGGAGACGCAGAUGAAGAUCCGUCAGAGAAUCCAGCAGAGACAGAAAGAUCUUCAUCAGCUGAGAGAGGAUGUGGAGUCUCAUAAGCGCUUUGCACACACAGCAGUGGAGGACAGUGAGAAGAUCUUCACUGAGAUCAUCCGCUCCAUUGAGAGAAGACGCUCUGAGGCGACACAGCGGAUCAGAGAUCAGGAAAAGACUGCAGUGAGUCGAGCUGAAGAACGACUGGAGCGACUGGAGCAGGAGAUCAAUGAUCUGAAGAAGAGAGACGCUGAGCUGGAGCAGCUUUCACACACACAAGAUCACAUUCAGUUCCUGCAGAGUUUCCAGUCUCUCUCAGCUCCUCCUGAAUCUACAGACGAACUCGACGUUUCCUUCGGUUCUCUCUCCUCUUUUGAUGGCGUGAGAGAAUCUGUCCGUCAGCUGAGAGACAAACUGGAGGAUUUCUGGAAAGAGGAGAUCAAGAAGAUCUCAGACGGAGUCACAUUCACCAACAUGAAUCCCAAGACCAGGAACGACUUCCUACAAUAUUCUCAUCAGCUCUCUCUGGAUCUGAACACAGUGAAUAAAUACAUCAGUCUGUCUGAGAAGAACAGAGUAAUUACUUACACUUUCCCAGAACUUCAGUCGUAUCCUGAUCAUCCAGACAGAUUUGAUCGGUGGCGUCAGGUGUUGUGUAGAGAGAGUGUGUGUGGACGCUGUUACUGGGAGAUUGAGUGGAGUGGGGAUGGUGUGUUUAUAUCAGUGUCAUAUAAGAUCAUCAGCAGGAAGGGAUUGGGUGAUGAGUGUGUGUUUGGACGUAAUGAUCAGUCCUGGAGUUUGUUCUGCUCUUCCUCCAAAAACUCAUUCAGGCACAAUAACAUAGAGACUGUUCUCCCUGUAAAGUCCAUCAGCAGAAGAGUAGGAGUGUAUGUGGAUCACAGUGCAGGAACUCUGUCCUUCUACAGUGUCUCUGACACAAUGAGCCUCAUCCACACAGUCCAGACCACAUUCACUCAGCCGCUCUAUCCUGGGUUUAAUGUUUGGUCUGGAUCAUCAGUGAAACUGUGUUGAUGUUUCAGAAUAGACUGAGAGAUUUUACCCAUAAUACUUUGAGCCGCAUGAUAAAUCAGUAACAGUGAGAUGUUUCAGAGUCUCUUAUUUUCUCUUACAUUUUCACAUGAUUUUUGUAAACCUCAAGUUGUGAGUAAACAAGAUACAACAAUGUUAGAAUUGCAUCAUCUACUAUCUUAUUGGACUAAUAAGUGAAUUGAAAAGGAUUGAAUAAUUGUGGAGAAUCAUUACACACCUUUAUCAAGCCUUUCAAAGCAUUUACACACCAGAGAUGUUAGUGAGAUUGGUAGUUAGUCAUCAAGAUCAUGUGUUUGUUGAUCUCAGGAACAGAAUGAUGUAAAAUUGUGUUAGACCAGAGGCUUUCAAACCGGGAGUGACAUGAUCUGUGGGAAAGUCUUUAAAAAAAACACUCAAAUGAUAAUUUGCCAUAUCCAAUCCACCUAACCUGCAAACAUUUAGAGAUUAUAUGACUUAUUUAUAAAUGGUAUCACAACAUAUUUAUAAAUGGAAACAAAUCGUGUAAGUUGAGUGAUUUACACCAUUCUCUACAGAGCGCUCACUGAUCUCUAUACUAGUAUAGAUAACACAUAGAUCAGUAUUUUCACCCCUACAAACUCGUGUAUCAUCUAGAAUUUAGUUUCUCAUUAAUAAAUAUGACUUUGCUCUGUUAUUCAUGAGCUCGAAAUUCGUAA